AUGGCAAAUCCUUAUAUGAAGGUCAUAAUUGUGGUCCUUUGCCUGAAUUUUACCGGAUUGUCAGAGACCAAAUCGCAGAAGACUGGUGUUGGUAUCUAUUACAAUUCUGACUGCUUGUGGGAUGGGAAGUUCUUGAUGAAUUGUUCUUUCACUGGAAAAUCGACUAUCCCCACAGACAUAUCACAAACAGUAACAAUUGUUGAUUUAAGUUAUAAUAAUAUUACUAUCUUGCUGUGGUCUAACUGGAGAGAUGAAAAAUGGAAUAUCAAAUAUCUGAAUCUUAGUAAUAACCUGAUUUCUGAGCUAUCUUUAAAUAGCUUUAGAAAUUUACCAUUUUUGGAAACUCUAAAUCUCAGUGGUAAUACCAUCCACUAUGUCACACUGGAUAUACAUAAACCAGCACACUGGACUGAUAAACACAGAAAAGUUCAUACUUACAAUCUCCUUCCUUCUUUAAAAGUCUUGUCCAUUGAGAGAAAUAAUCUUACUGCAAUUCCAAGAGGACUAGGGAAGCUGCAAUCUUUACAAAGUCUGCAUCUGUCAUCCAAUGAGAUAUCACAGAUUGAUCAGAGUGAUUUUCAAGACUGUUCCCAGCUAAGGAACAUCUACUUACAGACCAACAAGAUAAGCAAAAUUCAUCCUGGUGCCUUCAAGAAUCUCAAAAACUUGCAGGUUGUGAACCUCAGCAACAAUGCUAUGACAACCCUUCUACCAGCGAUAUUCAUUGACUUGAACAUACUUCAAUCUGAAGUGGAUUUAUCAAACAAUCCCUGGAUAUGUGACUGCAGGUUCAUUGCUUUCAAACAUUUUAUUAGUUUUCUUUCUGAAACCUUGAGGAAAAAGUGGAGUAUCUUCUGCAGUGAACAAUCUCUGUUGUCUCUCAAAAGGUUUCAUUUAAACUGUGAAAUGUCUAAAGACAACAAUGUUUCAUUUAAGAAAAUUGCUAUCCCAAUAGGAGAAACAGCUGUGCUAGACUGUGACUUGGAUAAAACCUGGGGUAUGUGUAACAAUUACUAUAUCGAUCCAACAUUUUAAGUUCCUGUAAAAUACAUGUAGGAUGAUAAUCAAGCUUAAUUCACAAUAAAGGGAA